GAUAAUGCUAUCUUGAUUCUUAGUCUUAUACCCUAAUUUUUUUCCAUUCUUUUCUACCCCCACAGUUCAUCCAUGAGCUCGGAUUUCCCACAUUACAACUUCAGGAUGCCUAAUAUUGGAUUCCAGAAUCUUCCUCUCAACAUAUAUAUUGUGGUUUUUGGCACUGCUAUAUUUGUCUUCAUCCUCAGUUUACUCUUCUGUUGCUACUUGAUUAGGCUAAGACAUCAAGCACACAAAGAAUUUUAUGCCUACAAACAGGUUAUAUUAAAAGAGAAAGUAAAAGAACUGAAUUUACAUGAGCUCUGUGCAGUGUGUCUAGAAGACUUCAAGCCUCGAGAUGAGUUGGGCAUUUGUCCAUGUAAGCAUGCCUUCCACAGAAAGUGCCUUAUUAAGUGGCUGGAGGUUCGGAAGGUGUGUCCAUUGUGCAACAUGCCAGUUCUGCAGCUGGCCCAGCUGCACAGUAAGCAAGACCGUGGACCCCCACAGGGGCCCCUGCCCGGGGCAGAGAACAUUGUAUAGCUCCCCCAAGGAUCAAACUGCUGCGGGAUCCAACGUCCAUGUGGAGCCAGGAGGAACACAGGUGGUCUCUGUGUUGGCUGCUCUACCUGGGGCACCAGCUACCACUUCCUUUGCCUCGUGAAGAACUCGGGCCAGCUAAGCUGGAAACCCAGACUUCUGGGUCUUGUGACAACCAAAGCACGCUGACACUACCCCAUGCCAAGAGAAGAAGAGUGGAUGAAGGAUGAGCCCUCCAGUUAUUUUCAAGAAAUGUCAUGAGGGUCUCUUGCUGACGCCAUUACUCUGUCUCCCAGAUACUUAUCUCCAUGUCAAGGUGAAUCUUUAUCAAGCAGAAGGGAAGAUAAACAGAACUGUUAGAGAAGGGAACUGAGGGCAGGUCUUUAAAGCCACCCCCGCCCCCUACCCUGUGGACAGAUGAGCUUCUAUGCAGACCGUGCAUGCCUUUGCAGCAGCAGACCCUCCCGGCAGUCCCUGAGCCAAGUAAAACCAGCGGUUACCUCAGCUGAAGCACGACUGGUUGCCAGUGAUUGGUGAGGCAGUGCCAACAAGGCUUUUCACAUUAUGUUCCUUUGAUAAGGUCAUCUUGGAACCCAAGGGCUUUGGUUAUCACAGAGCAGCAGUGCCCCUCACCACCCGCUUCUCCCUCAAGUUCACGACACUUGCUUAUCAAAUCAUCUGGAAACAUUAGAUGUGCUUGGAAGGGCCUGGUCAGAAGCCAUUUCCUCUUAUUUCCCCAACUCUCCAGUGAGGCCUGGCCAAGCUGCCCAUCAGGAGCCCCAGCUGGGUGUGGACCUCUGAGCCAGUGCUGUCCCUGUGUGACCCAGAGGGCCUCAGGGUGCUGCCCACACCACCACAUGCACAGUGUGGCUCCGGCACAGCUGCUAGUCUCAGCCCACUGCCUUGGUAAAGAGCUGCUGUGAGCCCCUCAGACAGCUCCUAAGGGGAGCUCCCUCCUGAGAAUGGCCAGUCCUCCAAGCCCUGCCCUGCUGUGAUGAGAGGAUGCUGACCCCCUUGCCUCUCCCUUCUCCUUCCCUGUUCUCUUCUUUCUAGAUACCGUUUCUACUUGAGAAAAUGCCGGUCAUUGAUGUUUUAACAAUUUGAAGCAUCCCAAAUAAGAUCCUUAUGUAAUUCUGAAGCUGGGGAUCCACUUGAAAUUGCAAAUAGUGUCAGGAAGCUCCUAUGGGACACUGUUCCCCUGCUGGUGUGUGCCUCACUAUUCAGACUUGCGAUAAGUAACUGAAAGUGUCUUUAUAGGAGAGAAAUGCAUGCUGCUCUUUAGCCCUUUCUGUCCAACUUUUCUAGAAAUGACUCCCCAUCUGUUCAGAUUCAUGAAUACUGUACAAAUCAGCUAUCUGAAAUGGCUUUGGGUCAGAUAGAAAGUUUUCUUCUUCUUUCUACGUCCUUCUGUCAUGGGGUAGACUCCUCAUCAACAGCUUUGCUCCAUUCCACAGGUGUGAGGAGGACAGUUUCUCGUUGGAAAUGUGGUCUGCAUGGCAUAGAGAGUGGAUGGAGGAAGCUUUGCUACUCUAUUUGUGGCAGGUCUCUAGGGAUUUUUUUCUGGAAUCUAGCCUCUGCGGUCUUAAAAUGGAAGAGGGAACCUGUCCUUGGCUCAGGUGGCUGGGGCCAGAGGAGGAGGAAAAUUCCCACUAGCCUAGGAAAGUGCUGGGCAGAAUCCAGCUUGGAAAAUUACAAAUCCAGUUGGUCAGAAUUGGCUGUUUGCUCCGUGUGACCUAUUCAUGGCACGCCAACUGGCUGCUGGCUAAACGGGGCAAGGAAGUGUGGGAUCUUUUUAUAUGAAAGCCUUAGCCUGUUGGGCGUCCUUGAAAAGAACUUUUCGUGCAUUCCUACUUCCAUCGUUUCUGCGUUCUGUAUCCGUAGCAUAAUGGAGCUGAAUGCUGCAAAGCACCCAGUUUACAGUGCAAGGUUUCCAGUGAUCAGUUCAGAAAUAAGCCUGCUUCUGGACUAGCCUCAUUAGUGGCCAACACCCACCAUUUCCCAUGGAAUGGCCUUGGGAUGAAUCUCACCUUGUCAUUAAUGGGGUUAGAACAGGAAAGAAUUUUUCUCCUCAGAGGAGGAAUUCUCGUGUUCUAAACUGCAAAUGAUCUCCACUCACAGCUUCAGCACGCUUAUAACCCAUCAGUUGCAGCCUUUUUCUGUCCUGUGCAUCGGUGUGAGGAGACCGCCCCACAAGUCCCUAUAUGUGUAGGGAAGUAGAUGAGUUCAUUUCCUGUUACCACAGGAAGCGCAAGUUGACAUGGUGUGGAGUUCCGGCCGGUAGCGGAAAGUUCAAGAACGCUGUGCACUCUCCCCUGGGCACAAACCCCCACGAGGUACCACCGGCAUGACCUCAACACCCAUGAAUGCGGAGCGCUUUGUAAAUGCAGCUCUUCCCCCAGGGUGGGGCUGGACAUGGAGUGCCGCUCGAGGUCAUCUUUCUUGGCUCCAUCGUCUCCCUGCAGCAUAUGGCCAGCACCACUCACAGUAGUUCCUGCAACUGUUAGCAACACAGCCUGAAUGCACUUGCUCCCCACAUCUGGGUCUUCCUCCAGGACUCCCUGCUGCACUGCUGUAACUGCCAGUGGCCAGCACUUCACGUUUACAUCUGUCUUUAAUUCUGAGUAAAAUACAGCCUUCUGUGGUAAUGUCCAUCUGGACAUUAACAAGUUAAGGAUCCCCUAAUAUUCUUGGCACAAGCCUAUACCUUAGAGGCCAGCCUUGCCACAUCUGUCUUUUGUUGGUGAGUUGAUGGUGGCCUUUUGUUAAUCUCUAGACACAUGGAAAAAUCUCUAGACACAUGGGGCCUUUGGUCUGUCUGCUCUUGGGCCACUGGCUGGUGACAUGGUAGUUUUUUACUUUCUCUUAACGAGUCUUAAGCAGCUCAAAGAUCGGAUGUUACUUGUAUGGUGUGGGUUAAAAGAAUGUAACUCAGCCCCAACUGAACUCCAUGGGUGGCUGCAUCAUUAUCUAGUUAUUGCUAGGGGUAUAGCUGAAUUUAGCUGGCUUUAGAAACGGAACAAAACCAGCCUGACUGGAUUCCUGAAUGAGUAGGCGUUAAGAUAUUGUCCUCAGCCACUUUUAUUUGUCACAGUGUUUGGCUGGGCCCGUCCCUAGCAGGUAAGGUACUUGUAGUCUGCACCCACCAAGGCAGGGAGCAGGACAAGACAGAAAUGGCCAGAUGGGAGCAGAUGGCCCAUGGGAAGUUUGGGGUGAGGAGUACAGGGAACAUCCCAUCAUUGCCAGAUAGCUUGUUCUUGACAUGUCUUGACAAAUGAAGAACCUUUCCUCCAAUGCCAAG